CUACGGCGGACACUUUUGGACCGACGCGUACCGAACAUGUUCCGGGCUCUGAAUGCUGCGCUCACGGUGCUGCUGGCCGCCUCGCUGUCGUGGCGGAGCACGGCGGGAGGCUACGGUGGCGGUGGCGGCGGUGUGGCUCUUUUCGCCGCCCAGACCUCACCCCCGGACCCCUGCUACGACGAGCACGGCCACCCCCGCCGAUGCAUCCCGGACUUCGUCAACUCGGCCUUCGGCCAGGAGGUGAGGGUGUCCAGCACCUGCGGGCGGACCCCCGGCCGCUACUGCGUGCUGAGCUCGGCGGACAAGGUGGACGAGCGGACGCGGAACUGUCACACCUGCGACGCGUCCGACCCCAAAAGGUCGCACCCUCCGGCGUACCUCACCGACCUCAACAACCCGCACAACCUAACGUGCUGGCGGUCGGAGAACUUUAUCCAGUCCCCGCAGAACGUCACCCUGACUCUGUCCCUGGGCAAGAAGUUCGAGGUGACCUACGUCAGCCUCCAGUUCUGCUCGCCCAGACCGGAAUCCAUGGUCAUCUUUAAGUCCAUGGACUACGGCAAGACGUGGGUGCCGUUCCAGUUCUACUCGACCCAAUGCCGGAAGAUGUACAACAAGCCCAACCGGGCCGCCAUCACCAAGCAGAACGAGCAGGAGGCCAUCUGCACGGACUCGCACACCGACAUGUUCCCGCUGAGCGGCGGCCUGAUCGCCUUCAGCACGCUGGACGCGCGACCCUCCGCGCACGACUUCGACAACUCCCCGGUGCUGCAGGACUGGGUGACGGCCACCGACAUCCGGGUGACGUUCGGCCGGCUGCACACGUUCGGCGACGAGAACGAGGACGACUCGGAGCUGGCCCGGGACUCCUACUUUUACGCCGUGUCCGACCUGCAGGUGGGCGGCCGCUGCAAGUGCAACGGACACGCGUCGCGCUGCGUCAAGGACCGCGACGGGGAGCUGGUGUGCGAGUGCAAGCACAACACGGCCGGGCCGGAGUGUGACAGGUGCAAGCCCUUCCACUAUGACCGGCCGUGGCAGAGAGCCACUGCCCGGGAGGCCAACGAGUGUGUCGCCUGCAACUGCAACCUGCACGCCCGUCGCUGCCGCUUCAACAUGGAGCUGUACAAGCUGUCGGGGAGGAAGAGCGGCGGCGUCUGCCUCAACUGCCGCCACAACACGGCCGGCCGCCAUUGUCACUACUGCAAAGAGGGCUACUACCGAGACCUGUCCAAGGCCAUCACGCACAGGAAGGCCUGCAAGGGUACGGCGCUCCUCCACUUAGUGUCUUUUAAUGCAGCAUAUAGAAAGAAGUGGCUGCACCCAUGA